UCAGGUCAAGAAAAAAAUAAGAGUGAAAAUUUCCCAUGUUUUACCGAAUUUUCUCACUCUAAAUCAAUGUAUUUUACUUUGCAAAUAUGCUAUAAAUAAUCUACAAACAAAUGUGAUGUAGAAGAAAUAAAAAGAUGUUCUUUUCAUCGUCUGUAUCUGUUACCUUGCCUGCCCAUCUCUGAAAAAUUUCGCACUAAGCCAAAAGCCGAAAGUGUUACAAAAACACAACUGAAGGAGGUGAAGCACUCCAUUAAAGAUGAGGCGUAUAAAGCUAAAACGAUCAUCCCACCGCACAUCUCCUGCCAGGGCUGAUGAACCUAAGAAAAGGGAAGAUUCUCCACAAUGGUCAAGAGAUACCUCCCCCAAACGACUAAAGAGUGAAGAAUCUCCAAGACAAUUGAAGAGGCCAGACUCGCCUAAACGACAGAAAAGGGAAGACUCACCCAAACAAUUGAAAAGGGCAGAUCCACCCAGACAAGAAGUGCAACACUCAUUCAGAAAACAUUCACCAAGACGACUAUCUCCGAAACACCGCCAUUCACAGAGCAGUGAAGAUGAAACUCCUUCAAAGUCGAAGAAAUCAAAAUCAGGAUCAUCAAAAUCCAAGAAGACGAAACAUUCCAGAAAGAGUCGCUCUCCAAAAAGAAGACACUCUAAAAAUGGUGAGGAAGAGACACCUCAUAAAUCUAAAAAACCGAAACAUUCAAGUUCAAGACGUGACCUUUCAAAAAGCAGUAAUGUUGAUGAAGAUUCUCCGGUCAGAUCAAAAAAGUCUAAAACCUCAGCAUCUCCGAGGGGAAAGUCACCGAAGGUCAGCAGCCCUGAUGGUGCCUCAAAUUCUAAAGGAUUGUCAAAGGAAGGUAAAGACACUUCAUUGAGUUGUGAGGGAGAAUUGGGAAGGGUUGCUGAAAAAAGGCUCUGUUGUACCCGAAGGUUGAAGGGAAUGUCUUCAGCAGCUGUUGAGACAAUGUUCCGCGACUUUCUCACCAGUAAAAUGAGUGAAAUGGAGAAGAUUGCUGCAGAUGACGAGAGCGUGACCUCUCCACAGGGUUCUGGGUAUGUGAAAUCUGAAGAAGAUGAGGAUGAGAAAUUUGUUGACAUAAAAGAGGCGAUAAAAGAUGGUACAAUUUCGGAUUAUAUCAAUCAGAAAAUGCAACUCAUUGAUCAGGAAUUUCAGGAAAAUCUUGCGAGGAUAAAAGACGAUGAUGAGGAGUCUGGUGAAGUUGUUUCAGCAGUUUAUAGCGCCGAUUCUGAGGAAGCUCAAGACCAGGAGGUUCGAGAGGCUGAGGAGGAUAACCCUGUUGUUGAAGAGACUGGAGUUGAUAUUGACACUGAACCUAAAGUGGAUGAUUCUGUGAAUGAAAGAGAAUUGCCUAAAAAGGACUCUAGUAAAAAAGAAUCUAAAUCUAAAGAUAAAAAGAAACGUAAACACAAGGAUAAAAAAGAAAAAUCAAAAGAUCAUAAGAAACACAAAGAUAAACACAAGGAUAAAGACUCGAAAAGUAAGAGGAGUUCAAAGCACGAUUCUCAGGACAGGAGUCAUGCCAGUCGUCACAGAAGCCGGGAUUGCUCCAAGUCGGGGCGCCCUGAAAGUCGGCCCGGGGAUCUGCGGGAUAAGUUGCGUGGUGGAAGUGGGCCUGGGAGGUCAUUUGGACAGUAUAGGCGUGAUUCACGAUCAUCAUCUUGGUCUAGUCUUGAUUCACGCUCAAGGUCAAGAUCUCAGGACCGUUAUACAAAAUCUCGGGACCAAAGGGCACGAUCGCGGGAUUGCAAAUCAAGGAAAGGCAGCCCACAUGAUCAGGAUGGGAGCUUGGAGAAGCUGAAGCGUUCAAGUGGUGAUGAGAAACGUAGAAGUGAUGAAGAGAAAGAGGAGAAGCUGAAGGAGGAGAAGAAGGAGGAUAUUCCGGACACCUUUAUCGAGCGGAGAGCAAUGCCAGUAAAAAAAUCUCUUCUUGAGGAGGACGAUGAUGAUGACGACUUUCUGUUGAAAAAACUUGGUGCUUUAAAAAAGAAGGCGGCAACUAAUCAGAGUGAUGGGGAUGGGGUUAAGGUUGCCCCAACGACGAGCAUUAUCAUUGGUGGCGUGAGGAAAGCUGGGCUCAUUCGUACGAUUAAGAAUGAGGGGGGUGACGAUGAUAAGAUGAAGGAAACUGGUGCAUUUGACAAGCCUGUUGAGGGCAACCUUGACUCGGUCACUUUGCCAAAGGAUCAUAAAAUUGAGGAGACGAGUUCAAGACAAGGAGGUAAAGACUCAAGUGCGGAGAAAAAAGUAGAUACUGUUAAGAUUGAGAAAGAGAAAAAGGUUUCAGUCCCAAGUGAAGGUCUUUCAACAGUGUCACAAGUAAAGGCAGAGAAAACUGAGAAGAAAACGUCAAAUAUCACUUUCAAGGGUCUGAAGAUUAGUUUGGCUACAGAUGGUGCCAAGACUGUUUCUGGUGAUGCAGAGAAGGUUACUGAAGUUUCUAAAGAAAAGAAGGCCCUUCCAUCCAUGGGGAUUAAAAUCUCGAAGGUCAGCUCUGAGCUGAUUUCAUCCGGACUCACGUUUGACAACAAGAGGAACAGAAUCAUUGAGGAAGGUGAAGUGUUGGAUUCUGAAGAUGACCUGAAAUCUGAGAAGAACAACGGGUCAAGUUCGAGUGCAGACAGUCUCGACUCCGACACCACUGAUGGGGAAAUCAAAUCAGAGUCUGAAACCGAAGGUGCAGUUGAGAGGGAUGGAAAGAAGAAGAAAAAGGAAAAGAAGAAGAAAAAAGACAAGAAGAAGAAGCGAAAAAAGACAAAAGAUAAAGACAAGGAAAAGGGCAGGGGUAGGAGCAUCUCAAAGAAAAGAUCAAAGAGGACCAGGUCUAGAUCUCGAUCAAGAUCUCCUAAACGAUUCCGCAGGGAUGCAAAUGGCAUCUGGUCCACACGGGAAAGAUUUCGUCGCUCUUUCUCUCGAUCUCCGGACCGAUACGAUGAGCGUGACCGCCAUGAGAUGAGUGAUUACAGAGACUUCCGAGACCCUCACAUGGAGAGAUACAGACAUGACAGACAUGACAGAGGCAGAAGACCGCGACCCUUCCGCUACAAUGAUCGUUAUCGUCGCUCCAGGUCCAGAUCGCUGUCAAGAUCACCCAGUCUUGAGAUCGACAAGGAGAGAUUGCGAGAAAUAGCGAUCGCCAAGGCAAUGGCAGCUAUGAAGUCUGGUCAAGGGCCAGUAUUAAAUCUGAACCCACAGGAGCUAGCAUGUGUGAGAGCUGGUGGGAAGUCAGUGGAUGAACUAACAGAUUUUUGUAAGCGAAUGUCUAAAAAGGACGGUGAUGACUCGAGUGAUGGUUCACCCACCCAGCAUCCCCAUAACUCUGACGAAGAAGGUCCAUUCAUGCACCAUCCUUUCAAAGUCAGGGACGCUGGGCCAAUCAUGAUGAACAUCAAGAAUGCCAAGCAGUUACCCAUCCUCUCAGCCUCGGAAAAGGCAGCGCAAAGUGGGCCGCUACGUAUCGCGUACCCAGUUUCCAGUGGCUCCCAGCACCGAGCCAAAGAGGUUGAAUGGGUCCCAGUCGAGAAGACGACGGCUCCUACCCCACCAACAACAACUGUAACAACUACUCCUGCGGUUGCUAAGCCAGCAGCUCCUGUAACGUUUGCCUCGAUCAUAGCUCCGGGAAGUGGGAGCAUGUCGACAGCAGCUGAUGCAGCGUCUGCUAUUGCUGCGGCUGCGUCAACGCCACCUGCUGAGCCAGUGGAUAAAGUGUUCGAAGAACCACCCACAGAAGUGAAGAACUUGAACAUCAGUGCCCUGGUAUCAGAAAGACUCACUGCCAUGAAGAAACUAUCAGCAAACCCCAACGACGUUGAAGCCAUCGGAACCAUCUACAAAGCUAAUCAGAAGGUGCAGGCCUGGGCACAGUCGAAGCAUCUGCCAGGGCAGUUCCUUGGGUCGACUGGUGUUCAGAUGUUGAGUCAGCAGGAACUGGCUGGGCCAAAGAGGGUACAGGCCUGGGCAAAGAAGGAUCAGUUUGAAAAGGCCGCACCCGUGAAGAGCGGCAUUGGUAUGUUCCUUCUACAGAAGAUGGGUUGGAAGCAAGGCGAAGGACUUGGCAAGAAUAGCGAGGGACAGUUGGAGCCAAUCAAUCUCGAGGUCAAAUUAGACAGGAAAGGUCUGACGUCGGCUGCAGAACAGCCACAGCAAAAGGUGCCUGCUGUCCCAGUACCCCGUGCUGCGCCCAUAAGAGAUCUCUCCGGGAAACAUCCCGUGUCUGCGCUGACCGAGCUGUGUAAUAAGAAGAAGUGGGGAUCUCCUGAGUUCAUCAUGGUGCAUGAGAGCGGGCCGGAUCACAAGAAAAACUUCUUAUUCAAGGUCAAAGUAAACCGAGUGGAAUACCAACCGUCUAUCGCAAGUACAAACAAGAAACAGGCCAAGGCGCAAUGUGCCAGUGUUUGUCUGCAAGCUCUGGGAUUGCUGCCAAAGGACUUUAAGCUUCAAGCAGUUUGAGAGGACUGGAUAAGUUGUCUCCGAGUAGACCUCAGUGAGAGUGACAGAGCCUCUAAGGACUUCGAAUUACGUGUACCAGUACAUGUGUUUGUAAUGUGAUGUUAGUCACUGUCUCUAUGUGUACAAGUUACAGAUGGCUGUGAGGGGGUUGGGUGAAGACAUUGGGACCAUGUGAGCCAACUCUUGGAUAACUGUUGGCAGAUUCAAGCUAACAGGCAUGAGACUAGCUACAGGUAUGGGACAUCAGAAGAAAUUGUCAGUGAUAUGUUGUUGACCUUCACAUUGCCACAUUGUGUUAAAGCUAUAUAAAGCUAGUUGCAACAGGUAAACUUCAAGCAGUGUACAUAUCUUGUGUUUCAACGUGAGCCCAGCUUGGCCGGUGUUGAUAUCGGUGAAAAGAUGAAUGCAAGAUUACAAUGAAAAUGAAAUGGUUUAUUCU